CUUGUCUGCUUGCUGCAUUGAGCCAAAAAGAGAGAGGGAAGAAUAUACACAGUCAAAGCCAACCUUCAUUUUUGUGUUGUGUUGUAGCUGUAAACAGAUGGCGAAUCUCAUUCAGCUUUCGCUAUGAAACUGCUUCGAUCUGAUCUCCGAAGCUAUGUGUGUAUGACGGGAACCUUCCUUUGUGCGUGAUGUGUUCAAAAAACAUCUCUCUCCAAUUUCAAUGUCGGCUACUAUGUGAUUAAAUUGCUUGCGGAUGUGCCUAUAUUAGUCCAAGAGGAAUUAGUUUGGAUAAUUGAAAUUUUGUGAGAAUUGGGAUAAAGUGAAACUUCGUGCUCUUCCUGUGCUUCUAAUGAUUUUAUGAUGAAGUUCUUUGCUAAAUUAAUUCAAUCAAAACCAUUCAAAGAAGCUAAAAAUCAAAGAAUCGCUAGCCAUCUAACACAAAAAUUUCUAGUUUAAGAAAAGUCUAGGUAUUUGAAUUAAUAAACUGCACCUACAAUUAAAUAAGAUAAGGUGCUGCUAAAAAACAAAAUGACAUCCUCGACAUUAGUAGAAACAGUGUCCAUUGAUUAUGAAGACUUCAGUGAAAGUUUUCUUACCUGUGGAACUUGUUUAUGUACCUACGAUGGUCAAGAGCACACUCCUAAGCUGCUACCCUGCUCUCAUACUGUUUGUCGCAGCUGCUUAGAAAGAAUAGCUGCUGGUAAUGGUGUUAGAGAUGCUGGUUCAUUUCGGUGUCCAAUAUGUCGGGAGACAAUUCCUUUACCACGUGGUGGAGUUAAUGCACUUCCACCUAGCUUCCUAGUAAACCAACUCUUAGAUCUCAUGUCAAGACAGAGGAGAGAAGUGAUACCUAAAUGCUCUCUACACUCAACUCAAGAACUCCUCUUCUGUGAAACAUGUGAUUGCGUAUUUUGUAGAGUUUGUACUACAGGAGCGCACGGGAAUGGCACUGAGAGUGGCCAACACACUGUCAUACCAUUUUCCAUCGCUAUCAAAAGGAUGUCUGAAAUUCUUUUGUACAAAGCACACCUGUGCAUCAGCAAGCUGAACAAAGCUGCUGAGAAUGUCAACGAUGAAAUAACAAAGUUAGAUAGCACUGCCGAAGAAACAUUCGAAGCAAUAAAUCAGUCUGUGCAGGAGAUUACUACAGUUUUAGAGCAAAGACGAAGCGAACUUAUAGAAAUGGUGAAGAAACUCAAGAAUACUAAAAAGAAAAUACUUGAGGAUCAAUUAUCUAUAAUUGAGUCAGAAAAAGAGAAAGUCCAACUUCAGUGUAAUGGCUUGCAGUAUCAAGUGGAAGUCAGAAAUAUUACCAAUAGAAUAAGUGAUUUAAAUAAAAAACUUGACUCAUUAAAUGCAGUUAUGGAACCUAGAGAAAAUGCAUUUCUGAAAUAUGAACAUGAUCAUAAUUCUGCAUCUAGUGACAUAGAAAAAUCUCUUAGGGAAUUUGGCCGAGUGCGUUCCAGUACCACAUAUCCAGCUCUGUGUUCAGCAUCUGUCAAAAGUUGCUCAGCACAUUUAGAAACCACAGCUUGUGUCACCACCUAUGAUUAUCAUGGCACAGCACAGACUGUAGGAGGUGAUCCUGUUGUCAUCGAUCUGCGGUACGAGAACGGAGACAGCGUGAAAACACACCUUGUAGAUAGAAACAAUGGGACUUAUGAUGUAAAUUUUCUUCCUGAACAACCAGGUAAUUACAAGUUAAAUGUAACCAUUUUUGAUCGACCCAUAAAAGAUAGCCCAUUUCAUUUUGUAGCCUCUGAACAUAUUAAUCCAGAAUCCCAGUAUGGUUUACGUGGUAGUGGUGAAAUCCAUUUCUUACAACCUGUAGGAGUAGCUAUUUCUAAUUGUGGUAAAUUAUUUGUCCUUGAUACAGGCAAUAGUAGAAUAAAAGCUUUAACAAAAGAUUUAGAUUUAAUUCGCCAUAUAACUAAUGGAGGAAUGGAAGAAAGGAGUGGAACUGGAAUAGCCCUUUCUGCAAAAAAUACAUUGUUUAUUGCUAAUUGGAGAACAAAAUAUGUUACUGAAAUUGAUUUUGAAGGCAAUUUUGUUCAAAAAUUCACUCAUUGCGAUUUUGUAGAACCAAUUGAUUUAACUAUCAAUAGUAAGGGUCAAAUACUUGUUGCUGAUAAUGGUGCUUCUUCUGUUUUUAUUUUUGACCCUACUGGUAAAUUUAUUUCUAGAUUUGGUAAAAAGGGCUCUGAAAAUGGAGCAUUCAAUUUAAUGAGUUCUAUAGCUAUUGGACCACAAGAUGAAAUUAUUGUAAGUGAUUCCCGAAUUCAAGUUUUCACUGCCAGUGGGAAAUUCAUCCGGGAAAUAUAUCCAGAGGGUAAAGGCAAGGGUCAUCAUGGUGGUGUGGUUUUUGAUGGAAAAGGUAAUUUGUUGACAACUAGAUGUGAAAAAAGUGGUAGUUUUGUACAGGUUUUUAGUUACCAGUCUGGCAAUUUACAGUUUGUUAUUGAUAGUCACGAUAGCAAGUUGAAGAGGCCAAGUGGUCUUGAUGUCACUGAUGAUUUUCAUGUUAUUGUUGUUGAUCUGGGAAACGACUGCAUUAAAAAAUUCAGAUAUCGUUGAAUAUUUCUAAGUAAGAUAUAAUCAGAAAUUUGAAAUCGGUAAUUUUGAAUAAAAAUUUUAAACUAACUGCCAUUGUUGAGAAUAUAUUCCUAAUUUUUAAGCCACUGCCUGCCAUUUGGUGUUGCUUUUAUUUCAUAUUUAAGGAACUUCAGAAGUUUUUAUGGGUACUUCUCAUUUAUCAAAAUUAUUAUGCAUACAUUUUUAAUAUUAUAUUAAAGACUAAAGGAAUGUAAUGUUUAACCUUGAAAAGUAAACCAGAUAAAAUUGCAUUGUUUAUUUUCCCUUGUAGUAAAUACCUUGUAUAAAUGUGUUAUUCUGUCAUUCCUUCUUUGAAUUUAUUGUUCCCUUUCUAGGUUUUUUUUUAAUUUUAAUUUUAAUGGGAAUCUCAUUCCUUAUGUUUUUUAUUUCAUGCAUAUUUCCUCAUGUUUUUUAUUUCAUGCAUAUUUUUAAGCAUGGAAUUUUUAGAAAUGAUCAUGCAAUGAGAUAUCUGUAUCAUUUUUACCAUUUAUUUUAAACAUUUUUCACCAUUUAUUUCAUUUUUUUUUCAUUGUGUAUUACUUUUAUCAUAAUAUUGUGACUUUAGACCAAAAAAAACCAAAGACACUCAGGUGUUUUGUUUCAGUAAUACUUCUGCAGUAUAAAAUCAAUUUUAGAUAUUAGAUCGAAAGUUCAUUUAGACCAAUGCAAUUUUUAUUCUUGUCUCAGUAUCUUGUCAAAAAAUAUGAUGAUCAUCAUAUAUUGUCCAAAGAAAAAAAUAGUAUUACUUAAAAAUGAACUAUGAAAUAUUUGUUUAUUCCAUUUUUUUAUAUAUUUAUAUAUAUCUUGUUAUAUCUGAAUUUCUUUUUUUAUGUUUAGUUUUGGGCACAAACAAAUGACAUUUUUUUAAUGGAAUCCUAUCUUUUACAUAAUUAAUCCCUUGGGUACAGAUUUUUUUCCUUUUUUGUGUGUGUGUUUAGAACAUACUUAAUUUAGUGAUCUGUAGAAUAAUACAUAAAUGGUUAAUUCACAAAUAAAGUUUUGAUAAAAGUAUUAUUACAAAGUUAAAUAAGAUUGUAGUAGAUAAUUAAAUUCAUCAUCUAUAACUUAGGCAAAAUGGUUAUACAAUGAAUCUCGGCCAUCAAAUGAACCCAAGGGGUUAAAUGCUAUUUGUGGAAUAUUAGAUUUUUCAUAUAUCACUGCCUCUAUUAUGGUUUUGUUCACAUAUCACUUUUAUGUAACUCAUGAGUUAUGAAAAUUACAUUCAAAUACAUAUUUUUUAAAGCCAUUAUCCUUUUUGGUACUUAUCUCGAAUAUUGUAGGCUAAAUGUUUGCUUGGGAAAAAGUGAAGAAUUUUAAAAUAUUUACAAAGGCACUUAAUUUAAAAAUUUUGAAGAUGGAAAGCAAAAUGGCGAGAAAAGAAUUGAAUUGUGAUCUUAAAAGUAAUUAAAGUAAAACUGUUAUUAUAAGUAUACCUAAUAUUUUUGAAAAUCAAAAUAUAAAUGUUAUUACUUAUACACAUUUCUUCAUCUAAUGCAUUUUAGUAUGAAAUGAAAAGUAUUUUAGUAAAAGUAUUUUCUUUGUGGAUUAAAAAAGUAUGACUUGAAAUUUUUAGUCUGGUUAUUUAAACCAGCAUUUAAUUUAUAAAUACUCAUUGAAAUAUUUUUUUAACAAUGUUUAGUAUCAUAAAGCAUCAAGCACAUUUUGUUUUGCCAAGCUUUUAUUUUGUAUCAAAUGCUCAUAAAAUACAAAGCUGGACACAUUUUUUUUUUUUUUGUACUGUUUAUUCCAUUCAAUUUUGGGUAUUUUUCUAUUGGCAAGAUACCAAGUGAAACUUUAAAAGCUAAAUCAUAAUUCUGUUAAAAGUGAGAGCUGGUUCUAAUGGAAUAGUAUCAGUUUUAAUGUGUGGUGUACUUUCCAAUAGAAAAUUACCCAGUUUUAUUAUUUUUCUUUAGUCAUUUCUGUAAAUAUGCCUGUAAAAUCUUAGCCUUUCAUUUCUUGAAAAGUAUACUAUCAUUAAUAUAGCACAUUUUCAUGCUUGAUAAUGCAACUAGUUAAUAUUUAUUGUAUAAAUAACUAGCUUAACACAUGUGAUGCUUCAUGUAAACAAAGGCAGAUCAUUGUGCCAUAUAUGUAUAUGCUAUCAGAUUUUAAUCACAUACUAUUCUUUUCAAUGUAUAGCUUCAUAAAUAUUUUUGUUGUGCUUUUAAAAUCUAAUAGAAAACAAGACUGUAAAUUUUAAUAGACAGAAGUUGCUGAAGCAUUGACUAGAAACUGUAUAUUUUUGUAGCUCUUUGUUGGAUUCAUGUUACUGUCACUUCUUAUACACAAGUACUCACAAUAAUUGCUUUUAUCUGUUUGACUAUCUACUUACCUUUUUUUUAUUUAAAAAGUUUUCUUACUUGAUAGCUUUCAAUUGACAGACUAAAAGACAUAACAAGUCUGAAUUUUAUCAUUUCAUAUUGAGCAUUUCUGUAAAAAAAUGGUUUGGCAUAGAAGAAAUGUCUGCUCUCUUGCCAUGUAUGUAUGUAUUUACUGGAGAAUUGUUGAAUAUUUUUCAGUGGCUUCUUUUAUUUAUAUAAGUUCAUAUUUGUGCCAUUCUUGUUAGAUACUACAUGUUAAGAGCGCUGGUCGCUCUUCAUAUUUCAAUCGUAGGAUUAAAAAAAUUGAAGAUAAAAGUAUUCCUGUUGUAUAAACUAAUUGCAAAUUUUGAAAUGCCCGGUGUUUUUGAUGCUGUUUAUUCCAGAAUUUCAUCUUGAGCCAAUUAAUGCAAUUAUAAAUUAAUUAGGAAAAAUUUAAUUGAUGGAUUGAAGCAAGGUUUUAAUUUAUAUCAAGAUUUUUAAUUACAGAAAUUUAUUUAAAGCCUUUUUAGUACUAUAAAACAUUAUGCGACUGAUUAUAUUUAUUAGUUACAAGAAAUUGACGCAUUUAUGCUUAGUAAUGUAUCCAUUAUUCUGAAAUUUUAUUGAACUCGCCAAUCCUAAGGUUAACUUUCAAUUUGGUAUUUAUUAAUCUCUGAGGUAUCUGUAAAUACAUAAAAAAUUUUUAAAAAAAGAAUAUUUUGUAAAAAAAAAUUUGAAUAUAUGCUGUAAUAAAUUACAAAUUGAUUUUUUUUUAAAAUCAAGAAACAUUACAAUAAAUUUGAUGGAAAGUUCAGAAAAUUUUAAUUUGUCUCCCAUGGACAAUACCAGGAUUGGGAAGAUUAAUAUUUAAAAAUAAUUUAUCAUUUUUUUUUCUGGAUACUUUUUCGAAUUUAUGUAUUAUUUAGCAUUUUAAGGAUUAUACACUUUUUAAGUAGUAUACUAUCAGUAUAAAGUUUAUAUUUCUAAUUUUUUUUAAAAAAACUUGUACCUUAAAAUUAAAAUAUCUUCUUUCCUUUCUUUUUCUAAAUUUGGUUGUUUUAUUUUGGAGUUUAUACACCAUUAGAAAGAACUUUAACAAUUCCUGAAAAGUGAUAUGAUAGUAGAGUUUAUGGUGGUUUGUUUCCUUAUUGAUUUUAUAUAAUCAUUACCAUAGUAGACCUGAUCAGUUUUUUUUUUUUUUUUUUUUUUUUUGUAAUAAAAAGUAUGUUAGUCAGUGCAACAGAUGAAUUAUCUAAAGGAAAGCAAUGUUUACUUAAUGAAUAAAAAAAUCAUGAAGUUAGAAUGCUCCAUUUUCUGUUCUUCAUAUUUAUAUAAUAAAUUUAUUAUGAACAUAAAUAUUACUCUUUUCACUUUCUUGGGAAGUUAAUACGAAAUUGGCUCAAGUUGAACGUCUUUUUUUUUUGGAAUUUAUGGCAUCAUUUUUUUCCUUCUUACUUGUUCUGUGUGUUGUACAGUGAUGUAUGCUUAGUUUAUUUUCUGUAUAGUGUAAUGCUUCUAGUCAAUUGAAAAAAAGAAGCUUUGUACAACAGGAUACAAUAAAAUUCUUUUUUUUUUUA